GAUGCAUGGGCUCCUCAACCUAAAGUCCUCUCUAUAAAUACAUGCAAAACUUCUCCAUUCUCUCUCAGGAGAACUUAAAGAAAGGUCCUUGUUUAAGUUCUUCUCCUUCUCCUCUAAAGACUAACAAUUAAUUAGUAGUAGUCAAACAUGGCAAGCCAUUUCAUCCAAGUUUGCAAACCAUAUAUAGCCAUGAUCUCUCUUCAGUUUGGUUAUGCUGGCAUGAAUAUCAUCACUAAAGUCUCUCUCAAUCAUGGCAUGAGCCAUUACGUCCUUGUUGUUUAUCGCCAUGCCUUUGCUACCCUCUCCAUUGCUCCCUUUGCUCUUAUCCUUGAGAGGAAACUGAGGCCAAAGCUAACAUUUCCAAUUUUCAUGAGGAUCUUUGUGUUAGGUCUCCUUGGGCCUGUGAUAGACCAGAACUUGUACUAUGCUGGAUUGAAGUUCACCUCACCAACUUUCUCUUGUGCCAUGAGCAACAUCCUGCCUGCGAUGACCUUUGUCAUUGCAGUGCUUUGCAGUAUUAAUUAUUAUUUUAGGAUGGAGAAGGUGGAUAUAAAGAAGGUGAGGUGCCAAGCAAAAGUGGCAGGCACUUUAAUAACAGUGGCCGGAGCCAUGCUAAUGACACUAUACAAAGGACCUGUUGUAGAGAUGCUACAGAGCAAGUAUGCUCAUUUUCAUCCUCAUCCUCAUCCUCAUCCUCAUCCUCAUCCUUCUAAAGUUCAUGCAUCCCAGGAAUCAAGUGACAAGGAUUGGUUCAAGGGUUCUAUUUUUCUCAUUAUUGCUACUUUAGCUUGGGCUUCUCUCUUUGUCCUCCAGGCUGCCACUCUUAAGAAAUAUUCAGCUCAGUUAUCUCUGACAUCACUGAUAUGCUUUGUGGGCACUAUCCAAGCCAUUGCUGUCACUCUUGUGAUGGAACAUAAUAAACCAUCAGCUUGGAAGGUUGGCUGGGAUAUCAACCUCCUUGCUGCUGCUUAUGCUGGGAUUGUGACAUCCAGCAUUGCUUACUAUGUUCAAGGACUGGUAAUGGAGAAGAAAGGGCCUGUGUUUGCCUCAGCAUUCAGUCCAUUGAUGAUGAUCAUAGUGGCCAUCAUGGGCUCUUUCAUCCUUGCUGAGAAAAUCUAUUUGGGAGGUGUUCUUGGGGGAGUCCUAAUAGUGGUAGGCCUCUACUCAGUCCUGUGGGGAAAAUACAAGGAAGGGGGAGCCAUGAACAUUCAAGUGACCGAAUUGGAAGUGAAAGAGGGAAGUACUGUUGAAAAUGGGAAGAGGAUGGAUGUGGUAGCCAUUAUUGAUGAACAAGACCCUGAGAGAAGGUCACACCCAAAUGCUUGCAUGGCCCCAUCCACCAAUGACUCCACCAAUGACUAGUAUUCACGUUCUCACAUUUUCCUCAAAUUCCCAUUAUGACCUUAAUACUAUUAAUGAGGGUAGAUUGGUUUCUGGGGGUCGUUUUUGUCUUUCACCUCUCAAUGUUUUUGUCUUUCUUCAUGUAAUGUUUAUCCAAUCUUAUUAAUGCAUAUUUCAUAAUCAUUUUCUUUUA